UUACUAUGUCUGAGAUUUAGUCAGAACCGUGAGCUCAGAUUAUACAAACGUCUUGCGGUUAACCGGAAAAAUGAAAACCUGGGCUGCAAUUGGAGUCCUUCUGGUACUGGGAUUCCAGUACGGGGAAGUUGUGCGAGCGGACAGCGAUAGCAGCGACAGCAGCAGCAGCGGAGAGCGAAAGCAGAAGAACAAGAACUCGGAUCAUAAGUACAAUAACCCCGCCUAUCCACAGGGGGGUUACAACCCGUAUUACUACAAUCAACUGAAUCCGUCGUAUCCGCCUCCCCCAAUGCCCGGCUUCGGUCCUUAUCCACCUCCGCCGAUGCCAGGCUAUCCCCCUUAUCCCUACAAUCCGUAUAUGCAGGCUCCACCUCCGCAACAGUCCAAUCCAUCGAUGUACCUUCCUGAUCCUGCAGCUAGUCGCGCAGGAUACCCAGCAUCUCCGGGGGGUGGACAGAAUCCCGGCUGGAACCCCAACUCGCCCCCAAAUCAGCAGCAGCCGCCGCAACCGACAGCAGGACCAGGGCCCCAACCUUCUGCACAAUAUCCUCCAGGAGGCUCAAGUGUUAUUAACCACUCCCUCAAAGUCAACAAGGAAUACAACGAAGAUGGCCAUCACACAAGCUCAAAAUAGUUUAACGCAUAUUGAAAAUAUAUAAUAUUAUCAGUUUCGUAUAUGCUGUUUAUUUGAUAAUGAAAUAAAAAUCUUUUAACGCAGUAAAAUAAAAUUCAA